AAAGGCAAACCGAAAAACCCCCACAUUUAAAAGUUUCUUUCUAUUCUGCGUGUAUCAUUUUGUGUCUCAGUUACAUGGUGUUGCUUUGCUUCUCUGGACCACGAGAAACGGACCCAUAUGAGCCUAUGAGUCAGUGAUUCAAAUUCCCGAGUGAAUAUUGUCAGUGAACUUCAUUCUGGGUAGUGAGCUCGCUUGAUAAAUAUUAUCAUUUUUAACCAAGAAAGGAAGAAGAAAGAAAGAAAGAAAAGAUAAGAAAGGGUUUUAAGUCUAUACAUAAAGAAAUGGGUGAAUCAGCUGUGCUCUUGAGAUCGUUUUCUCAUCCAUCUGACGCUUCUUGUGAAGCCAAAGAGGGUGAUCCUAUUCAUGCUCUUACAGAAUCAAUAUCAUUCGGGCGAUUUGUGUCAGAAUCUCUGGCUUGGGAGAAAUGGUCAACAUUUUCUCACAAUCGUUACUUAGAAGAAGUUGAGAAGUUUUCUAAACCAGGUUCUGUAGCUGAGAAGAAAGCAUAUUUUGAAGCUCAUUAUAAGAGAAAAGCUGCCAUGAAAGCAGCAGCAAUUGAGGAAGCAAAAUCAGCUGCUAAUGAUGCCCCUGAUUUAAAAACUACUGGUGAAAUUCACAAUGACUCCCCCACGGAUACAGAGUCAGUAGAAGCAAACAGCCACCUGGUCAUCGACAAACAACAAGAACAAUAUAUUUCCAAUACUGACAAUGGCUCUUCCACAGAUUUAGAGUUAGCAAAGAAAAAUAGCCAUGUAGUUAGUGAUAAACAAUGUGAAAAAAAUCUUCCUGAUACUGAGGUAGCCAAUUCUCUUGAUGCAAAUGCAUGCAAUUCUAUCAAUGUAAAUAAUGAGGUAGAAAAUGCUGAUUCGAAAGGAGCUGCACCGGUAAUAGAAUGUGCUGUCAAUGUGGAGAAACCUAUCCAAGCUGAUAGCUUGAAGCAGAUUCAGAAUGCUGAUUUCCUCAACGAGAUUGUGGCUUCCCCUGUUGAGAACAUGCUCAACAAGGAAGUUGUAGAUCAAGAGAAUUUGGCUUCGUCAAGCAAGAAAAAAAGGUCAAGUUGCUCAGCAAAGUCAUCAACUCAAAGCAGAGAAUCAGGACUGGCAUCAUAUCCUUCCAAGCAAGCUCGUUCCUUACCACCUAGAAAUGUAAAUAAUGUUGCUAAGAAGUCUGUAGGAGACUCACAUGAGAAAAAGAGAGUAGUUCCAAAAACCCUCCAUAUGUCAAUUAAUUUCACUUCGCAUGCUAGUGAAACCAGUAAAGGUUCCCCCAAAAUACCCAAAGACAGUUCAACUCCCAUACGAAAUCCAAUCAGAGCUUCUGUUAAUGGGGUAUCUAAGCAUCUUUCCAAAAUUUUCCAGUCAGAAGAUAAAAGGAAUAAAGCACUUCUCAAUAAGUCAGUUUCCGGAGGAAUGGCUGAAUUCGGGAAAUUGCAUUCCCUCCCUACGGAUGGCUCAGAAUCUGCGAAAAUCAAUGGAAGCAAAGUACAAUCUCCAAAUAUAUCCUCUCCUUUUAGCUUCAGAAGUGAAGAAAGAGCAGUAAAAAGGAAAGAGUUCUAUCAGAAGCUGGAAGAGAAAAGCAAAGCAAAGGAAGCAGAAAAGGCACAACUGAAAACUAGAUCGAAGGAGAAAACAGAGCAUGGCAUUAUAAAACUGAGGCAGAGUACUGGCUUUGGUGCUAAAAAGAAUGAACUUUUGAAUUGUCGACCUAAUUUCCAGAGUAAUCAGGCAAAAAAGGGGAAAGCUGAGCAUGAUGCUGAAAAGUUGAGGCAGAGUACUGGCUUUAAAGCUAAACUAAAUGGAGAUCUUCGUUGUGGUUCGCCUUCCCCGAGCAAUCAAAUGAAGAAGAUCCCACUUACUCAGCCUUGGUCACCGAAACGUGGAGGGAAGCCAACUCCAACUGCAGUUCAGGAUGCAAGCUCACGGCCUCCUAGAAUGCCUUCAAUCAGUAAAGAGAGCUCCAAGCUUGUUAGGGAGCAAAAUUACAGAAGCACAACACGUCCAGUCACUUCUCUACCAAAAUUUGCAAGGAAGCAAACUGCUGACACUGUCCAGGAUGCAAGUAAUAGACCACCAUGGAGGUCUUCUAUGAGUACUGCAAGCUUUAAGCGUGUUAUGGAGAAAAAUAACCAGAGCACAACUCUAUCAGUUACUUCACUGCCAAAGAAAAAUGCACAUGAGAAUGCUUCUCCAAAUAUACAGUGUUGAAUUUCUAAAUAGAGGGUGUUUUGGUAUAAGUAUGGCCAUGGAGAUUCAGUUGAAAUUGACCAAACUGUUGCCCACCUUGAAGAGCUACUAUUGUAAAUUACACUUUUAUGGGGAUGGAAGAAAAUCUUUAUGGUGUUUAACACGAUUCAGAUUAGAGAGGAUAUUAGUGGAGAUUUGUAAUUUCUGUUGAGCAGCUUUCAACAUCAAUAAGAAGUCAAAUUUUUGUACUGGUUCUUUACCUGCCGCUAUGGUCAUGUAUGAAUAUAAGAGUUUGUGUAUGGCUGCCGCAGUUAGUGAAAGUGAAAUAAUAUCAGAUAGGAGCCUGGACUCAUAAAGUACUUGUGUCUGAAUUAUAAGUGGUACGGGUGAAAAUCUCUUCAUUGUGAGAGCAAGUGUGUAUGAUCAUAUCAAGAAGGAAGUUGAAGCAUGUAUAAAUAUAUUAAAUCAAAUUUGCAAGUUAUAACCUGUGUCAAUAG